ACAAUCUUGGAUUUCUCUGCUUUUUAUUAUUCUGCACAGCUUUUCUUACAAAUACAGAACUGCAAUUUCUCUAAAGUGCUUACCUGACCUUUCUCUCUACACAAGACUGUUUGCCCUACAGCACAGUUCCAAAGCAAAUCACAUUGUGUUUGUGCAGUUUAACUAGUGAGUCACCUUUUUGGAAGCAGUGAUAUCCCAGCCACAGGGGACAUAUCAAAGAAAGGAGAGUCCUUUUAGGGCAAUGUCUGCUAAACAGGCUGAGUCCUUGAGUAUCUGCUCUAAUUACCAGGUGGUCAUGCCACGCUACACUGGUGUAAGUGAAGAAUAUCCACAACCUCUCCAAGCCAGGCCACUGAGAGGCAAAGGUAAACUGAAGAGGCCAAGGCAAAGCAGGUUUAAGACUCAACCAGUCACCUUUGAUGAAAUCCAGGAGGUGGAGGAGGAGGGGGUGUCUCCAACUGAUGAAGAAAAGGCCAGGAAAUCUUUCCUACAGUCCCUGGAGUCCCUAAGGAGAAGCUCAAGCAACAUGCACUUCCAGAGAGAGAAGCUUGUUAGCUGCAAACUAAGGCUCAGUCUGGACUCCAGUAACUCAGACUCUGCACAGUGA